GAGCUGACUUUCAUGAAAGUCUGGAUUUAUAUAUAUAUAAGAUAAACCACUUGGAUGGUUUAGUAUCGGGUUCUCUAUUUUUAGACUACAUGUUCAACUGUGGUACACUUACGUCUCGACCUGGGAGAAUCAGAGUACCACACCUCAAAUCAUGGUUCACCACUCGCGUACGUGGCACAAUACCACAAAUGAAAUGAGCGGCCUCCCAUAAAAGCCCACAGCUUCCCCAGGAAACUGUCUUAUCUUACCUUUCUUCACACGCACCCAAGUCACCCUCUGUCAUGCACCACUGCUGACAGAGCUUCGAGAACACCCUAAAACUACUGACCCAACAACGAGCACACCACUACCACCCUCUUACUACCCACUACUCCACAAAGAACCACAAAGAACCACGGCCUGUUACAAUAAGCCACCUGUCAUCACUAUGGCUACCAACGAGACCGAGAGAGAUAAAGCCUCUGCGUCUGCCGAGCUGCACGAAGUAACUCCCUCAUCCUCCCCACCCACCACCAUCCGUCCCGUCAACUCUCCAACACUCCCCGUCAGCACCGUCACCCCUCUCUCUACUCCAUCCACCAACCCCAACACCUUCAGAGCCACUGUCCUCAGAGAAGAAGACUGCUACCAAUGCCUCGCCUACGCCUACCCCAAGAGCAAGAAAUGGAUCAUUCUCACUAUCAUGGGCAUGGUCCAAAUCAGCAUGAACUACAACGCCGCGGUCUUCUCCAACGCCGUGCAACCAAUCGCAAAAGACUUCAACGUGUCUGAAGACUAUGUCCGGAAAGGCCAAAUGAUCUUUCUCCUCUCCUACGCCUUCGGCUGCGAGCUGUGGGCGCCGUGGAGCGAGGAACUGGGACGGAAGAAUGUGCUUCAGACCUCGCUCGGGCUUGUCAACAUCUGGCAAAUCAUGUGCGCGACGUCGAAAGGCGUACCGCAGAUUCUCGCUGGCCGUUUCCUCGGGGGCUUGUCCAGCGCCGGGGGUAGUGUAACGCUGGGGAUCGUGGCCGACAUGUUCGAGCCGGACCGCCAGCAGUAUGCCGUUGCGUUCGUCGUGCUCACCAGCUGUGGCGGCAGCGUUGUCGGGCCUGUCGUCGGCGGCUUCAUCCAGCAGUAUCUCAACUGGCGCUGGAACUUCUGGAUCCAGCUGAUCCUCGGGGCCGCUGUGCAACUUAUCCACCUCAUCUGGGUCCCCGAGACCCGCAGCAGCGUCCUCCUCGACCGCGAGGCGAAGAAGCUCCGAAAGACCGGCAUCAAAAAGGUAUACGGCCCCAACGAAGGCCGCAGCUGGCGCGAGCGCUUCACUGUCCGCGAAGUCGGCAAGAUCUGGGCGCGGCCCUUCGUCAUGUUCUGCAGAGAGCCCAUCGUCUUGUGCCUCUCGCUCCUGUCUGGUUUCAGCGACGCCCUCAUCUUCACGUUCCUCGAGUCGUACGGCUACACCUUCUCGCAGUGGCAUUUCUCCCCGAUCCAACUCGGCCUCGCCUUCAUCCCGUUGCUCAUAGGCUACGUGAUCGCGUACUUCAUGUUCUUCCCCUUCUUCAAGAAGCAGCAGGCCCUCAUGAUGCGCAGUGGCACCGACGCCCUCGUCCCCGAACAGCGCCUCAAGCUCCUCCUCUUCCUGGCGCCGCUCCUCUUCAUCGGCAUGUUCGGCUUCGCCUGGACAGCCACGGGUCCGCCAAUCCCCUGGGCUGCGCCUUUGCUCAUCUCCGUCCUCAUCGGCAUGGCAAACCUCGCCGUCUACAUGGCCACCAUCGACUACAUGGUCGCUGCAUACGGACCAUAUGCCUCCUCCGCAACUGGUGGUAACGGAUUCGCCAGGGAUCUCCUCGCCGGUCUCAGCGCGCUGUAUGCGAAGCCGCUGUAUCACAACAUCGGGCCGAAGGGGCUGCGUCUGCAGGCGGCGAGCACGCUACUAGGCGGCCUGGCGGUAGCCGUCGUGAUACCGAUUUACAUUUUCUACUGGUAUGGGCCCUGGAUCCGGAGCAAGAGCCACUUUGCCAAGAAGGUAGAGGCGGACCGACGUGCGAGGAUGGGCGGGCCAGGAUCGCUGCCAGUAGUGGAAUCGUUAGGAGCAAAGGUGUCGCAGACCUAACUUACAACACGCUCUUGAGAUCCGCUGGAAGGGUUCUGGACUUCUACAAGGGAGACUUACGGAUCGCACUUUUUAUCAUCACUAUUCCUCCAGUUUCAACACCACCUCGAUCAACAACACCAUUACAUCAAACGCACGAACCCACACCACCAGCUGGGCGAGGACGGCACCCCUCUCCUCUCGAGAGGACUGCCCAGCCCGGCUGGCCCCCGUGCGACUCCUGCGAUUUCUUGCAUUCUCUCCCCUAGUUCCCCUUCCCAUCUCUUUCCCAAUUCCCCUUUCCAC